AUGCAAAUCAUAGCGAUCGUAACUUCGGUAUUGUUGGCUUCUGUUGGUUGUGAUCGCGCAAAGUGUGGUGUUCCGAAAAACUAUGGCAACCAGUUAAUCGUACAAGGGCAGGACACUGCUGCUGGGGAUUGGCCUUGGCAUGCCGCCAUUUUCCAUAAAAAUAGGGGCUCGACUAACUACACCUGCGGUGGAACUGUAAUUAGCAACCAUUUCAUUCUGACAGCCGCACAUUGCGUGAUUAGGGCCAACGGUUAUCUGCUUGCACCGAAAAAUAUUUUUGUGCGUGUCGGAAUUCACAACCUGGAUGAGGAGAAUCCACAGUUCGCCCAAAAGCAUCAUGUGGAAAAGAUUCAUAAAUUUCAGAAUUUCACGAAAUUAGUAAACGACAUUGGAUUGAUCCAACUUAAUUCUCUUAUUGUAUUUAACGAUCAUGUCCUACCGGUAUGCAUGAAUUUGACGUCGAACAUUACCGGAGAGAUCGGAGCUGUCGUAGGAUGGGGAUUAACGGAAAAAGAUGAAACAUUUCCAGAAUUGAAGAAGGCAAUGAUUCCAGUAAUUGACCCGUUAAUCUGUUUGGCAACUAAUCGAGCUCUUUUCGGUCAAACUCUGAGCCACGAUCUAUUCUGUGCUGGAUAUAAAAAUGGAACCAGUGUCUGUAAUGGAGACAGCGGAGGGGGCUUAGUUUUCAAAAGAGGUGACAAGUGGUUUUUGGGUGGAAUCGUGUCGAUCUCACAACAACGAACUGACGGAUCUAACAAAUGUUAUACGGAAGGUUACGCAGCGUUCGUAAGUGUGCAGUAUUACUUGCCAUGGAUCAGCGCAAAUACAGGAAUAAAUUUCCAAUAUACUGGAGAUAACUGCGGUGAACGGAAAAUCAAGAGCCGUUGGCCAAUGAGAGAUGGAAAUGAACAGGAAACCUUUCAUGGAUAAUGGCCUUGGCACGUGGCUAUCUUUCGUCGGAAUAGGACCUCGUACAUAUACUUCUGCGGUGGAACCAUCAUUCACCAACAGUACAUUCUGACGGCAGGUUAUUGUAUUGUUGAUGACCAAUUGAACAUGAUUGCAUCACAAGACGUGUUUGUAGGUGUGGGGAUUCACAAUAUGUAUACUUUGAAUCUAGAGGUAC